GUAACACGAAAAAUUAAAAGAUGAAUAACAACAAAACAUCAGACACAUCUAGCAAAAGCAAGCCCGGUUCUUCCCACUAUCAAAAGCUCAAGUGGCUGCAGAAGACUCGUACAGUAGGAUUAUGGGUUCAAUGUGAUGAAUGCAAUCGUUGGCGCUAUUUGCCAGAUGUCCUUGACAGACAGCAAUUAUCCAAGAAGUGGUAUUGUAACAUGAAUCCAGAUACCACCAAAGCUAAUUGCUCGGAGCCCGAAGACCCUGUUCCUUUUAACGAAGAAGAAGACUUGAUACACAGCGAGUACUCCGCUGGCUCGCUGGUGGUGGCCCAGCUGCCCGGCUGGCCGUGGUGGCCGGCCAUGGUGGAUGACUGUCCCGACACUGAGCAGUAUUACUGGCUUGAUGGAUUCUCCGAUAUUCCUACCUACUACAACGUUACGUUUUUUGAUGCCAACGACGUAACCCGCGCCUGGGUGGCUCCUGAACAUCUGAAAUCCUACGCAGAUGGCCAAGUGCUCUUGCAGAAAUCGUUACAGAGCAAAAAAUAUGGAAAACGCAUCAAUGAAGCAAUGAAACAAGCGGACGAUGCUGAAACGUUACCGCUAGAAAAAAGGCUAGAAAAAUAUAGCUUUAUAACGAAAUUUAGAGGUAACAUAGUAAGCCCGAAGAAAGUUACUAAGAAAGAGAUUCAGAAGCAUAACAAUAUCUUCAAAAGAAAGUACAAAGUAGAUUUGCCGUGUGAAUAUUCUGAUUCAGAAGAUUCUGACGAUGUUUUCUUAAGUAAUAUUGCAAAGCACGAUGAUAUUAUAGAAGGGAAGAAAGCAAAGAUAAUAAAAUAUACCGAAGAUGAUGAGACUAAUGUUGAGGAAAAUACUAUGGUGUCGAAUGAAGCAAAUACUCUAUUUAAGACUUUAUCUUUAACCGACACUGAUGUUAACAACAAUUUAGAUACAUUCAAGAAUUCUUCAGUAAAUGAUUUUACUGAUGCUUCUGGUAUAACUAAUGAGAUGCAACAACACCAUCGAAUGCCAACGCCGCCUAGUGAUGAUUUCGAUUUUUAA